AUGAAUACACAUCACCAACAUGCAAUGAUCUAUUCUUCUACGCCGCAACUAAGUGGCAUACUGUUGAAUGCACCUCAUUUGAAAACCGAUCGGAAUGAUUUUGUCUCAUCACUUGUUCAUACACUCGUUCAAUCGGAUCCGAUAAAGCAAACAUCUCUAAUUGAAUCUCUUCGACAUCAGCAACAGAUCAUUGGCACUAAUUCCAAAAAUAUCCAUCAGUUCUCUCGACAGAAGCGGAAACAUCUCUCUCGUCAAGGCAAUAAAGUCCUAUCGAAAACGAUCAAAAAAGCUCGACAUGAUGCUCGACAAAUGCGCAUAGAUCAACUGCCAAUUGAUUAUAAUAAUUACGUGUUCAUGAACCAUCUUUGGAAACAGUACAUAGCAGAAUUACUGAAAGAUGCUACGAACAAUGACUUUAUACUACAGCGAAUCGUUACUGCCGAUUACCAUGGAUGUAAAAUACGAGUUGUGGAAGCAAAAAAUCAAACACUAGUCGGUAAAGAAGGAAUUGUGAUUCAAGAAACAAAGAACAUCUUUGUUAUUGUGGAAAAAACAAAAAAUCGUCGAUGUUCAAUUUUGAAGAAAGACUGUCUCUUUUCAAUAACUAUUCCAAUCAAAGACAAAGAGCAAACCGUAUUCGUCUCAGGUGCAGCUAUCGCUGUUCGGCCCGAACAACGUGGACAAAAACGUUCGACAAGCAUCGAAUAUAUGCAUAAAUUCUGUUAA